GCGCGCGCGCAGUGCCGGUGCCCGUCCCUCCUCCUCCUCCUCCUCGUUCUCCUCCCGAGCGGCGGCGGCGGGGCCGCGCGGAGCCUCCACAGCGCUCGGCAGGGCCGCCUAGCCCGAAUCCCGCACGGAUAUGGCUCGUGGACAGCAGAAGAUUCAGUCGCAGCAGAAAAAUGCCAAAAAGCAAGCUGAGCAAAAAAAGAAACAAGGACAUGAUCAGAAGGCUGCAGCCAAGGCUGCCUUGAUAUAUACCUGCACUGUCUGUAGGACUCAAAUGCCGGAUCCCAAGACCUUCAAACAGCACUUUGAAAGCAAGCAUCCUAAGACUCCACUUCCUCCAGAACUGGCUGAUGUUCAGGCAUAAAGGUCUACAGGUGAAGUCAUGACACCUAUUGACUCUUCUACUGUCAGACCUUACAUAACAAACCUGCAGCUGCUUUUCUAAAACUGUUGAUCAGCAAAAAUGAAGGGGCUACAGAAACAUUCAUAUUUUUAUGCCGUUCCCUCUUGGGCUUCAUGCAAAGACAAUUCUGUGUAAAUGUACAGUUGUGCCCUAUUUGGAAAUCCUAAAAAAUCAGUCCAUACUUGUUAUAAGAAAUUUUUUACAAUUGUAAUUAUAUUGAUGUUCAUAUUGUGUAAAAUAACUCACUUAAUAAACUAGUACUUUGAUUUUACAAUA